AUGGAAGGACAAGUGGUGGAGCUAACAGAAGCCGAGCAGGCCCAGCACCAACUGCAAAUGGAGCAGCAGCUUAAGGCUUUUUGGGCCAAGCAGCUGCUUGAAAUGGAGCAGCUUGAAGUUGGUAGUGAACAAGAUUUUAAAAAUCACAACGACCUGCCUCUUGCGCGCAUUAAACGCAUUAUGAAGUCAGACGAAGAUGUUCGCAUGAUAAGUGCUGAAGCGCCUGUAUUGUUUGCUAAGGCUUGCGAGAUGUUUAUUCUUGAGCUGACGCUACGCUCGUGGGGCUACUCGGAAAAGAAUAAACGACGGACGCUGCAGAAAGAAGAUAUCCAAACAGCCAUUAGAAACACGGACAUUUUUGACUUCCUCGUAGACGUCAUUAACUAA